AGCUAACAAUUCUCACAAAUUAAGAGGAGGUGUAGUGUUUGUUGAUAAAAUUCCUAAAAGUCUAUCAGGAAAGAUUUUGAGGAGGGUGUUGAGGGCUGGUAAAGGUUUUAAAGUGCUUACGUUAGAAAAAGCACGUCUAUGA